AUGUUUGUUUCAACAGUGAAUUCGCAUUAUCAAAGUGAUCAAUCAUCAUAUUUUACGAUGAAUAAAUCACCGAGUAUGCAUCAACCUGUGUUAUCCCCAAUUCCAUGGAUUCGGAAUGAUAUUGAAUAUGCGGAUUUAAAUGUAUACAAUGGUCAAGAUUUAACAAAUUAUUUACCAAAAACAUUACCUGGCCAAGAAAUACAAGCAACAAAAAUCAGCCACGAAUUACCACCUUCACCAGAGGAUAGUGGUGAAAAGCAAUCGAUGAAUAAUAAUUACAAACAAUCACGAAAACGUCGUCGAAAAACGUAUAGAAGUAAUAAUAAUUCAUCAGAUUCCUCGUCGGACGUUGAAUUCGAUGAUCAUUCUCAUGGCUCGAAAAAACAACGUACUGUGGCUAAUGAUCGAGAACGAAAACGUACACAACAGUUGAAUGAAGCACUUUCAAGUUUACGACGCAUAGUACCAUCGUUACCGGCAGAUAAAUUAUCAAAAUAUCAAACGAUAAAAUUAGCAACACAAUAUAUCGAAUUUUUAUGGACAUUAUUGAAGAAACAAGGGAAUAAUAAAUUGGAGAUGAAUGAAUUAAAUUUUGCAUUUACAGAAUGGCGGGUAAAAUCUGAAUUUCAAAGACAUCAUUUUUGA